AUGAACCGAACCUUCAUUGCUCCCAACGUCUUUAGACGGUCAUACGCAAGAGCUUAUAGCACAGCUCUAUCAUACAAUACAUCUUCUCCACGAGCUCCUUUGAUUCCAGGAAAUGGAAAAUCACAUUGGAAAACUACGGAAGCUGUUCCUCUUUCGAGGGAAAGCUUUCUUGCACUCCUAUAUGGAGAGACCCCCUUGAUAAAAUCACCGGGCUUUCUGAGCCCUGACGAGUGCUGGAAGUACGAGAAGCUCUUAAGUCCGUUGCUAGAGCCGUACAAAUACAACACAGGCCCACUUCUCAGGAAGAUCGGCGUUGCGCAAUUCGAGUAUCAGGCUCAGAGGAAUGAUGACUUCAAUUCCAGGACUAAUGAGCAAGAUCAAUAUUUUCAAGACGCCUCACAAUGGUUGGACUUCCAUAGUCGACUACGGACUGAACAUGGUUUGGAUGCUUGGUUUAGGGUCUUUGACAAGAUCACUACCAUGUUUCCGGACUGGGAUGUUCAGGUCGCUUCAGAGAGGCAUGGCAAGACAUACUUCUCAGGCAUAUUCAGAGCUUUGAAUGACGCAACUCAUCUUCACGUUGACUUCUCGCCAUACGACAGUUCGACCGAAGACUGGAUCAUCAACUCAGUCGAAUGUCAGGCCGUCUUCAAUCUAUAUCUUGCGCCUGUGAAAGGUGGCAUAACGACUGUGCAUGACGUGCAAUGGACGAAGGAAGCAUUGAAGUAUCGUGACCCUGAGAGUUACGGCUAUGACAGGUCAAUCGCAGUAGGGGCGCGUAAAGCAUAUUGUGAGCCCACAGUUGGUGCCUUAUGCAUGUUCAACUCUAGGAAUAUGCAUGAGGUCGACGCUGUGAAGGUGGAAAAUAUGCCUUCGCUCGGUCUAAACUACCGGCCAAGAUUGACGCUGAGCAGCUUCAUGGGCCUUAUCCCAAGUUCGAGGACCAAAGGCCGGCCUCGACUCAUCUUCUGGUCUUAA